AUGUCUGCGUCACCUGAAAAGUCCGAGUUGUCUCGGGCAGAGCCUUCUAGCAAUGCAACACCAUUUCAACGACCUAUUAGUGUAGCACCUGUCACGGCAGCACCAGUAACAAAAGCAAGCGUUGAAAUGGGUGGCUUCUUUCACAAUGUCGACGGAGGUGGGCGUGGUUGGGCCUCUGUUCUGGGAGCAUGGAUGAUCCAGUUCUCCAUGCUGGGCGCUGUUCUGUCGUUUGGGAGUUACCAGACCUUCUACCAGGACCAGUGGUUGCCAGUGAGUAGUCCAUUGCGUAUCUUCCCCGAUCCGUCUCUGAUGCCGACACAAAGAACUAUUCGCACUCAACAAUCGCGUGGAUUGGCACCCUACAGCUCUUUAUGGAAUUUUUGUGAGCAUCACCAAGCCGCAUUUGAUUCGAGACUUUAUAACCAAAAGGCAAAAGUCAUGGCACUAAUACAACCCGAAUCUCGUAGUCUUGGAGUCUUUGGUGGCUUCCUUCUUGACGGUGGGCACUGGCGCUGGACUGUCGGUGGGGGCUCUGUCCUCUUUGUCUUUACCUUUUUCAUGUUGAGUCUAUGUCACCCGGGUCAAUAUGCGCCCAUCAUCUUGGCCCAAGGUAUCGGCAUGGGAGGCGGUCUUGGAUUUGCUUUUCUGCCCGUCACUGGCCUCGUCGCGAAACAUUUCAAGAAGCGCCGAGCGCUGGCCAUGGGCAUCAUAUCUACUGGGGCGGCCAUUGGUGGGUUUGUCUUUUCCCUUCUCGGCGGCAAGCUUUUCUAUUCCAACCUCGGGUUCCCCUGGACGGUCCGCGUCAGCGCCUUUAUAGUGCUUGCCGCCUGCAUCUUUGCGAACCUAUUGCUCUCUGAUCCAAAGGUCAGUAAUGUCACGGUGGAACAACCCGAGGCUGUUCUAGCCGGGGAAAAGAUCAACGGGCAGCACCAACCCAAGGAAGGCUAUGUGGAUGGAAUGGGCAGCAGGGAGAAGGCGGAGACGGCGGCGGCGACACCAUCAAUGAGAAACGAUACAGAGGUGACGUCGCCAGACCCCGAAGGCCUGGCUGAUGAUAUAAAGCCACACAAACCGCGCAGUAUGGGGCAAAUGCUACGUGAUCCAGCUUACCUAGCAAUCAUUUCCAUGGGUUUCGUCGUCAGCCUUGGUUUAUACUUUCCACCGUUUGCAAUUCAGUCCUUCGCACUCGACCACGGGAUACCAUCUGGUCUGGCAGAUUGGCUACUGCCAUUGCUCAAUCUGACGAGUGUGCUGGGUAGAACGAUUCCCAACUGGCUGGCUGAUCGCUACGGACUCUUCGAGAUGUACAUUCCCUGCACUUUGCUUGCUGGUGUGAUCCAAUUUGCGCUCGGCGGAGCCACCAAUUCUGGUAGCGUGGUUGUUCUCGCGAUCCUAUAUGGUUUCUUUUCCGGGUCAAUCCCCGCCCUGUACUUCCCCAUGAUCUCCUCACUCGAUCCCGACGUGGCGUCAACUGGUAUGCGGAUGGGUGUUGCCUGUAUGCCAGUCGGCAUUGCAUCCUUGAUCGGCAAUCCGAUUGCAGAGGCUUUGGUUGGCCCCAACCGCACCUGGUGGCACGGCCUCGGGUUUGCAGGCGCCAGCCAAGUCGUCUCUGCCAUGCUGUUGACGUUUGCAUGGAUAAUGGAGAAGAAGCGGCACCGGACUUGA